AUGGCAUCUGUUUAGAAGGAAAGAGACAGAUUAUUAGCAUUUUAUUCCCAAAAAUAAAAUUAAGCAUCAAUCUAAAAUGAGAUUACAAUAAAUUUAGUAUAAUAAUAGGCUCCAAAAAGACAUAAAACAAUGGAAAUUAGUGAUAUAAAUGCAGGAGAAAAAAGUAAUGAACAUAUAGAAGAUUAGAAAAGUUCCGAAACCAUUUCAACAGCAACUAAUUUUGAAUAUUAAAAUAAUAAUUAGAUGCAUAAUUAUGAUAAUAGCUUCAAUAUAGAUAGGCCAGUUUAAUAAUAGCCCAGCUAUGCCUAUUAGCAAAAUUAUAAUUGGCAACAAUUAGAAUAAGUUUAAAAUAUAAAUGAUAUAAUUCGAUUAUUUCCAUCAGUUGUAUAACACAUAAUUAAUUAAGAGUAAAGAAUACAGUAUUUGGAAAAUAAGAAUAAUUACAUGGCUAACUGA